AUGGCAAAGAUGUCAGAUCCUCUUGUGGUUGGGAGAGUCAUUGGAGAUGUUGUUGAUUCCUUCUCCCAAAGUGUAAAAAUGACAGUCACUUACAACUCCAACAAGAAGGUUUAUAAUGGUCAUGAGCUAUUUCCUUCCUCACUAACCCUCAAGCCUAAGGUUGAGGUUCAUGGAGGCGAUUUGAGGUCAUUCUUUACACUGGUUAUGACCGAUCCAGAUGUUCCCGGUCCUAGUGACCCCUACCUAAGGGAGCAUUUGCACUGGAUAGUGAAUGACAUCCCAGGCACAACUGAUACCACAUUUGCAGGAAAAGAGAUGGUGAAAUAUGAAAUACCAAGGCCAAACAUAGGGAUCCACAGGUUUGUGUUUCUUCUGUUCAAGCAGAAAGGCAGGCAGACAGUGAUCCCUCCUCCUUCAAAAGACCACUUCAACACACGAAAAUUUGCAGAAGCAAACGACCUCGGCCUUCCUGUGGCUGCUGUCUUUUUCAAUGCCCAAAGGGAAACUGCUGCAAGAAGACGCUAAAACAAGUACCCAGAAAAAGCCGACACCAAGCUGGAACUUGAAAUGGAUAACUACAAUUAUAAUAAACCAGGGGGUUGCGUUUAGCCUAACAUAAUGAUUAAUUAGAGGAAGUAUUG